ACCGCGGCGUACUAUAAUAAUUCUCGUCGUAGUCAGUCGCGCAACGCGCCGUCAUUUGAUCGGGUCGUCGCGACGUACGAUCUGCACGAUCGUGACUGUAACGUAACAACACCUCGGAUCGAGGUCCUGGGCGAUCGGAAUAUAUCCCCGUUCCUCGCCAGACGAUCGUCACGAAUUAACAUCGUCGCAAACUUUUUCUCUUUCACAUUUUUAAUUUUCACCAUUUUUUCUUCUCGCGAUUUUCACGCGCGAAUUUAGUCGUCCACGACGUCGAAUUUGCGUCGAUAAUCAUUCGUCGGUCGUCCCGUCGAUUGAUCCGGAGUGUUUCGAUAGAAUUAUUGAAAUUAUAACACGCGACGUGAUCGUUGGAAUCGUUUUUUUGCGCGCGAAUUUUCGAACCCCAUCGGCGUCCGCAGGAUUAUUACUAUGGUAUUUCGAAGUGAUUUCAACGAGUGGGCAGGAAACGAGGAAAUAUUCGUUCGUAAACGUUACGGGGUCAUUUCGACGGAUUUAUGUGAAAAACUACUCUGCAUCAUAACAGCCGGCUUCUGAAUUGAUGCAACCGUCGCGCAACAGCGGCAAGAAAUAUCUCAAAAAUCGAAAACCUUAUAUUAUAACGAUGUAUCAAUAAAUAUAGAUUACAUGGAACGAUCGUUGCCUUGAUAAUUGAUACACAUACAUAUACAUACUUCCAAGUAUAUACGUGUUAUAAAAAUAUAUAUAUGUAUAUCUUCUUCGAAUGACGAAAUUAUAUCGCGUGCUGAGAUAUUUAUUAGGUAUAUCGAUAACUUUCUGAGAUAAAUAAACACCCAUGCAGAUAAUUUUUUUUUUUUAUUUACUCUCACCCUGAUGUUGUAUAAUUUCCGGUGAGCGUUAUGUGCGCGAAUGAAAAGAGAAAAAAAAAGAGAGCAAUUGAUGCUCAAGAUGUGCAGACAUGCAUAAUAAUUCUUUCGUUGAAAUUGUAGUGCAAAAUACACUACAGCCUUGAAAUAUUCAUUCAACAAUAAUAAUGAUGUUAAUAAUAAUGAACAGUUGAAGAAUAAAAAUUACAUUCCCGCAUUUAUGUAAGUGUACAGAGACGCACGUUCAAAGAUACUACUUCGCAUCUGAGACGAUAAAACAAUUAAAAGAAAGUUAUAUAAAAAUAUAAGAACAAGAAAUAGGAGAAUUGAAAAAAAAUAAAAAAUAAGAAGAAACUGUUCUUAUACUCUACAGCGAUUAGAUAAGCCAGACAUCAUCAGGCUCAUGCACAAUAAUAUAAGUCCUCAUAUUAAUAUAUAUACAUAUAUAUAUGCGUGUGUGUGAAAAGGAAUUUUAAAAACAAAUUAAAAGAAAGAUAUGUACGGUGCGUACAUAGUGAAAGUGUAUUUUUGGAAUGCGAGCUGUAAAGAAGAAAAUAAACUACUAAUAACAAAGCAACAGUGAUUAUAUUUUUGGAAAAUUUAUAAACUGGAAUUUGAAUUUUCAUUUCUUAGAGAAGAAAGUUCAGUGGUUUACGGUCGUCGAUUAUUUCGUUUCUCUCGAGUAUCUGCAUUUGCGUAAUGGAUACUUGAACUACUCAAUGCGGGAUGCAUUUAACGUGGGUGUUGGAACCAGUUACGAUUUAUACUAUAUCAGAGACACCUAUUUCGUAUGGAUGAGAUGCACGAAAAAGAAGGCGUCGCGACGCCCCCGCAUGUCACGCCGGUUUAACCCGCAACGCCACAAACAUUGACCGAACAUUUUGUUUGUUUUUUUUUUUCUUUCGCUGUAAAAGAAAAAAAACCGGUCGCAAAAUUCAUGAAUGAAAGACGCCUCGAACAAAUUAUUCAAACACGUCGAGUGAAUUUCGGAAGAUUGUAAAAAUGGAAUAAGGUCUUCCGAGGGGACGGGAAGGGAGGAUGUGUAUCUCGAUAAAAAGCAUCCGCGAGAAGACGCCGCGCUAGCGACCUUCGUUUUGAAAAGCUAUUCUUCGGCGCCUGCAGUCACACAGCGCUUCGGGAAGAAGAUCCUAUUAUUAGGACGUUAAAAACUCCCGGCAGUUCUAUAGAAACAAGUGAAAAAAAGGUCACGAGUGCAUUUCGAGACGUUCACGUCUAUUUUCCGACAUCGGAUUCACCAGACGCACUUUUAAAAAUACGCAUAAAUAUAUUUUUAGUAGUUCAAUUUCGAAGAGGUUUAUAAAUUCCUCGUGCACGCGACAUACCGUUUAAUACCGGGAUGAGAUAGUUUUCGAGAUAUUCUUUUUUUUUUGCGGAAGGAAAAAGCGAUCAAGAAAUAUGCAAAGAUGAGAAACAAAUCCCGGAAUCGAGCGCUCGACGAUAUCUUCGACGAGGGAGCCAGGUUCAGGGACACUUCGCAACAGAUACACAAACAAUGGCAAGCCGAUCCUUCGAGAGCUUUUCCCACCGUUGGUAGUCCGACUGGUUUAAAUCAUGCCACUUCUACUUCUUCGCCUCCUCCUCCUCCUCCGACGUCGCAAGAUAUCAUCAAUAAUUCUUCCGAUGGCUCUACCGCGACACCCACACCGAGUCCCAGCCCAACGAAUAGCCAACAUCAGCACCAGAACUCGCACAACAGCAACUAUGAAUCCCCUUCGAAAAGUACAUCUACUAUUUCUAGAACGAAACAGGUGACGUCAACGAUGACGAGGCCUCGGACGCCGGGAGUCGGGGCGGACGCGGUCUCCAUAGGGGCCGGUAACAGGGGCGGUAGGGUAACGGAAGUCAUGGAAUUGUGCUACGUUACCGAAAGAAUAAUAGCGCUUUGGUACAGAGAAGAUGCCAAAGGUAUCCUCGAUCACGCUACCACCUUACUCAGAGGAAAACACGCCGACAAUUACGUGAUAUUCAAUCUAUCGUCCCCCGGUCGUACGACGGAGCCGAACACAAGAGAAUCCGGAUGGCCACAAAAUUUAGCACCGAGUUUAGAACGACUUUGCGCGCUUUGCAAGGAACUCGAUUCAUGGCUGAACGCCGCGCCCAACAGAGUGGCGGUUCUUCACGCGAGAGGUGGCAAAGAACGUCUCGGGGUUGCGGUUUCCGCUUACAUGAACUACAGCAGUAUUUGCGGCAGCAGGGAUCAGGCACUCGACAGAUUUGCCAUGAGAAGAUUUUUGGACGAUAAAAUCGGACCUCUUCACGUUCCCUCGCAUCGCAGGUACGUCGAGUACUUCAGCGGACUUUUAUCGGGAUCCUUGAGGAUCAGCCCUUCGCCUCUUUACCUCACGCAUUUAACCGUCCUCGGAGUUCCGCAAUUUGAACCAACGGGCUGUCGAGCAUUCCUAAAAGUUUACGAAGGACUUACACCGGUUUACACGUCCGAUCUAUACUCCGUUACGAACGCUAGAGAAUUCACCGUCAAUCUCGGUGGACUCAGACUGCGUGGCGAUAUACUCAUAAAAUGCUAUCACAGGGUGUACUCCAAACAGAGUCGUGAAGUCAUGUUCUCUUUGCAGUUUCACACCUGCGUUAUUACCGAGAACGUGGUGACGUUUCCUCGAUCGGAAUUGGAUAUCGCCUGCGACGAUCCACGGUGUCCGUCCGACAGUGUCGUGACCUUGUACUUCGCGAGUGACGCCAGACGACAGGAUGGUAUCGGAGGUCCUGUCCCUGCACCGACUCCUGCCGUACCCCACGCUUCCGCUCAUCACGAUCCGAUACUGCAUUGGGACAGUUACACGAAUCUUGAAAUCAGCGACGACGAAGGUCGUGAAACUCCCUUGUCGCCACCACCGCCAUCGAACUCUUCGGUUCACACGUCUCCGCGAGGUUUGGGUUACACUUGCGGUCCCAUCGAUGGCUCGCUCUACGCAGUCGUUCAUCAAGGUGGUGCCGGUGGGCCACGAGGUUCUCCAUUGACAGUGUCGAUGGACAGCGGUAUCAGCAGUGCUCCCCCACAACGUCCGAGUCCCCCGGAAGCUACGGAAUUGUUGCCAUUGGAAUCGGAAAACGAUCGUCUGAACAGCCACGGUGACCUUGACAAGCUUCUUCACGAUAUGAUGCUUACCGUUGAGUCGAUGCCAGACCCUCCAAGCGACAAGUACAGCAGCAGCAAAACCGAAAAAAUGUACAUCCAAGAGUCAUCCCGAUCCUACGGGAGCGGAAACCAGUCUUAUUCAACCUUGAAGGAUUCCUACAGGAGUAAUUAUUCGUCGAAGAACGGCGGAAGUCCGACCUACAGUGGCAGUAAUUAUUCCACGCUGAAAAACGAUGCGCACGAGCCGAUUACCUUGAGAAAGGAUACACUGGAACGAAGAGAGGAGAUAAGGAGUUUUGACGUUAAUUUCGGAAGGUCUACGGGACAAAAUUCCCAGAAUUCAGAUUCGUAUCGAAAGAAUAACGAGUCCUUCUCUCCUCCUGGCAACAUAGACUUCAUUGACGAUGAUAUUCCUUACCACGCGAGGCAGACGAGUCAACCUUUCACUUACGGGGCUACCACCGACAUGAUAAAACAACAAAAAUUGUCCUCCCCAUCCCUGGUUAGAAAAGCAUCUCUCAGAGGUGUCGCACCUGUUGUAGAUAUCGACGAUAUCGUCGGAGAAAGGGACAGAAGGGCUAUCAGUCCGCUUAGUCCAACUACUCCGGAUCCACCACCAGAAUUUGCAAAUGGAUCAACAAACGCCAAAAAUCUUCCCGAUUACUCAGACGGAUUAUCGUGGCUCAGACAACAACAGCUAAAACUUGCCGCACGAAGGGACGAACGAAGCCCAAGUAAACAAUGGCGUCAGGAAUCCGGAAAUCGCGUCAUCGGAGAACUGAGAACUAUUCAAAGAGGAAGAAUUCGUCAAGAUGGUUACGCGAGCGAUUCCGCCGUUCUGGACGGCGACGACGAUAAUUGGACUGUCAAUUCUCCCAUACAGCAGCAAAUUCGAUCUGCCACUUAUACUUCGGCGCCAGCAAGUCCAUUACUUCCGCAAAGAUCUAGUAGCAGGAAGUACAACGGGACGCUUACCAGUGGACGUCCUCGUGCAGAAAGUUUCAACGAACGUCCGUUCGUUAGCGUGAAACGUGGCUAUGAAUUUCGCAAGAAUAGCGAAACUCAGAGUCCCCCGAUGUCCCCAAGGUCGGCUUUAGCAGCUGCACCCUUAGGAUAUGCCUUCCAACAGACUAUCAAUCGUCAGUAUCAACGGCAGCUGUAUCAACAGCAAGAAAAUCAGACAAAGAAUAAUCACGAAAAUCAUCAUCAUCAGUCUACACCACCUCAGCCAGAAUCGCGAAGCGAUAGCUAUGCGAGGACAGAAUCUCUUAUGAAUCAACAUCAUCGUGCUUUAGCACUUCAAUCUUCCGCAACGAUGACUUCUUCUAAUUCCCUGAGUCAAGAUAAUAAUUCGCAGUACAAUAAUUCUACGUUCAAUUCGAAACAACUUCAUUCGAACGAAAACAGAACGACCUUCAACUAUUCCCAAAAAAUGACGGAGGUCGAUGGUGUUCAGGGGAGUCAGAUUAACCGGGAAUCAUCUGGACUUUUGAAAACCGUUGGUAACGAUGUAAAAACCACGUCGAAUGGAAAUGGAAAUGAAUAUAAUGGAAAUGGAAGCACGGACAAUGCGGAUCCUCUCGUGAGCUUAUUUCAGUCUUUGGCAGAAAUAUCGAACGUCAGAACAUCGUCAUCUACUAAUAAAAAUGAAUUACAACAUCAUAAUCGUGAUACAUCCACAUCCAUAUCUGCAUCUGCAUCUGCAUCCGCAUCUGCAUCCACAAAUACGACUAACAGUUCCCCUAAUCAGUCGCCAAAAGCAUGGCAAAAUACACAGUCCCACAAUGACUCGGUGUCAUCCUGGACAGAGCGGAGCAUAAGCCCAGCAGGAGUUGCUCCCGGAGGUACGGUAUCCCGGCCGCAGACACCAGCGUUUCCGGUUCACCCGCGGACACCGUACGUCAACAAUUCAUCGCCAACGGUAACAUUUGCGAGCGAUAGAUUGUACGGAACAUCGCCCAACAACGUUAACAACAUCAAUAACAACAACAACAACAACAACAACAUCAUCAUCAGUAACGGGAACAACAACAACAACGGACCCGAAUUCGAAACUAGAAAUUACAAUGGUAAUGGUAACUACGGAACUUACUCUACUGAAAGAGUAUACACCGUUGAAGAAAGACGGGAAAUUUCAAGAGAGACUGGUCUGCCACCCAAGAGUCCGACGACCCAGCGACGCUUGAGUUUCCCAGCAAGCGGAUCGCUAAAGCAAACGCAUAACAAACGAUGGCCGCUCACUAACCAGUCGGCGUCGUUCGACUAUAGCAAGGAUCGACCUAACUCUCCCGGAGGAGAGUACGCCAGUCAGUCUCAAAUCGCAAACAAUCAAAGCCCAGCUGGAACGCCAACACAAAUUGAAUUCGCCCAGAGUCCAAAGAGCGCAAUUUCAUAUACAUCGAUAAACAGCGGCGGACAAUCGUCGCCGAAAGUAUUUUAUGGAUCGAGGAGAUCGAGUGUUCAUUCAAACACCGAACCUCAGGAAGUUGCCGAUGCCAAUGUUAAAUUCGUUAGGGACACUAGCCGAAUUUGGUACAAGCCAAACAUAUCAAGAGAACAAGCAAUUUCCAUGCUGAAAGAUGCGACUCCAGGAAUGUUCGUGGUUCGCGACAGUAAUUCUUUCCCCGGUGCUUUUGGUCUUGCAUUAAAAGUAGCAACACCCCCACCGGGAGCUCCGAGUAGCCCUCGGGAUCCGGCCAGCGAAUUGGUCAGACAUUUCCUCAUCGAGCCAACAUCAAGAGGAGUUCGUCUGAAAGGAUGUGCCAACGAACCAGUUUUCAGCUCGCUCUCAGCUCUCGUUUAUCAGCACAGUUUAAUGGCGAUGGCUCUACCAUGUCAGCUACUUUUACCGGAACCGGAAGCCGCUGCCAGAGCACUUGAUUCUCCAGGAACAAGUAGCGCUCAACAACUUCUGGCCCAAGGAGCAGCCUGCAACGUUCUCUACCUCUUUACAAUCGACACGGAAUCGCUGACCGGACCACAAGCUAUAAGAAAAACAGUCGCAACGCUCUUUGAGCAGCGACCGUUACCGUCAGCUACAAUUGUUCAUUUCAAGGUGUCUGCCCAAGGAAUUACUUUGACGGAUAACGCUAGAAAAUUGUUCUUCAGACGUCAUUAUCCUACAAAUAAUAUAAGUUAUUGUGGCCUUGACGCAGAUGAAAGAACGUGGAAUUUUACUGGGGAAGAAAACGGUCAAAACCGAAGCGCACAUCGUUGCUUCGGUUUCGUGGCUAGAAAACCAGCUCACAAAUCCGACAACCAGUGUCAUAUUUUCGCCGAACUUGAGCCGGAACAACCAGCGACAGCGAUAGUAAAUUUCGUAAACAAAGUCAUGAUGGGAAAUGCUCAGGUCAAGGCAAACAUCGUCUAGUUCUCUUGCCGGUUUAUUUCUUCCAGUUCUUUCGAACGGUGAAGAAACAAAAUGGCGAGCUUAUUGCCUAUGUGCAUUACGCAGGUGAAAGAAGAACAUUCAAACUCGCAUAAAAAAUAAAUAAUAAACGAGCAGUUGGUACAAUGCUGAUGUUAAUAUGAAAAAAAUAAUAUUCGAACGCGGAUGAUGAUUGAAAAUUAUAUAAUUAUCAGCAUUGCCGAACUGGAAACGAGAAAAAAAGAGAAGAAAAUAUGCAGGAAUAAUGAACGGAUUAGAUUUACAACCGUCAUCUCUACGACCCUUGUUAUUAUUAUUAUUGUUGUCAUUAUUGUUAUUGUAAUUUCGUUCAUUCAAUCCAGAGGCCUUUUCUCGUAAAACAUUAUUAUAUUAGAAUAUAUGCCUAAAUAAUAGUGUAACAAUGAAUGUAAACCGUGAAACAGUAAUUAGGUGGUAUACAUAUAGUACGAUUAUAUAAACUCUGAUUAGAAAAACGAGGGAGGAAUCAUAUAAAGGAAAAAAAUAAAAAAUCAAACAAUUAUAUCGAAGUUGUAGAUCACACCGCAAUAUAAAUAUAGAUAACGAUGACAAUGAUAAUUAUAAAUUGUAAUGAAACAUCUCUAAAUUACAUUGAGGGAAAAAAAGAGAUUUACGAAAAAUUAAAUGUUGUGGGAUAUACAUACGUGUUAUUAUAAUAAUGUAACGAUAAUAAUAACGUUAACAAUAAUAACAAUAAUGAGGAUGUACAACUGCCAGAAUUGGAACUGGAUAUCAGGACUGGCCUUAAUAAUUUAGAAUCCGAUAUCAUCAUACCUAUAUGUAUACUUAUGAUAUUAUUCUGGUAGUAUGUAAUAAUGAUAAAACGAAUAGUCACAUCUCACUAUCCGUUCAAUAGCUAUUUAUGUAGAAAAGAAAUGAGAAAAAGAAACGAGUAUAACAUUUGAGGUUUUACUUUGUUAUUGAAAAUCGUAAUCAUUAUCGUUUAUUAAAAUUAUCACAUCAUUAUGUAAUGCAAUGAUUAUGCAGAAAAUAAUUGUUGGACGUUCAGAAAUAUUGUAAAUAUAAAUAUACCUACAUAUACAUAUAUAAACGUAGUUACGUGUUCAAAUCAUAUUAUUGUAUAAUGUAGGAACACACAUAUAAAAUAGUGAACUAGAGUAAUAUAAUAAUAUCUGUAUUAUAAUUACGAUGAAUAUAUGAAUCUAACAAGUGCACAACUACUUGCAAAAUUAAUAAGUCAAGAAUCAACUAAUAAUCGCAAAAUAAAAUAAAUUUAUCGAAAAAAAUAAGCGAGAAUAAGUGAAUGUCAUGUACUAUAGAAUAUAUACACAAUAUCGAGUUACUUUAAUCUGUGGUUCUUGCCAUGUAUCGAUAGAACAUUUGAAUCAAUUAUUUUAUUUGUUGCUAAUUCCUGAUUACACAUAAAUAUAGUAUAAAUAGUAUCUAGUUAUGUAGGAAAUGGAAUGCUUUUGACUAUAAUAAUGUUAUCAUUAUACAUGAUUAAUAAUUAAUACAACUAUAUAGAAAUAUAUAUCACUUAUACAUUAUAUUGUAAUAAAUUAUUAUAACACACAGUCAAUUACUAUUCGUAUAAAUUAUACGACAAUAUAUAUUACGCAUGUACAUAUAUAUGUGUGAAGGUAUAUACACAUAUAUUUAUAUUAUUUCGUCUACUGAUGUUGCAUUUUUGAUUUCAAAAAUAACAAUAACGAUGAUAAUUCCGAUGAUGAUGAUAUGCCGGUGAAAAUUCUGAUGGAAAUAUUAACUCAGUCAGUCCAACAAUGUUACUUUUCAAGAAGUUUUAUUUUAUAAUCGAACUAAUAACGUAAUUUAUUCAUUAAUUGACGAAAUAUAAAAUUUCCCAAAUUGAAGAGUUAGGCGAUAAACGUGCUAGUCAAAAUUUGGGUAACUCGAUUUACGGUUACGUCGCUAUAAAAUAAUAGUUGUAAUAAUAGUGGUUUCAUUCUGGACAUUACACAUUCUAAUUUCGAUUAUCUACCUACCUGUCAACAGUUCAUGAAUCCACUAGCUACGUGGAUAGGUACGGGAAAAAAGAAACAAAAUUCUGUAUAUAACAACAAAAAUAAUAUCAUUCAUUAUGGAUUACAAUUAAUCUGGAUAAUUAACUAUUAAUUUACUAUCUCGAUCUUACUUUUAAUCUUAUAGGUAUAUAUCAAUAACAUAUGCAUGACCUUUAUCGAUUAUGGAUCAUGCAUUAUUAUCCGCAAUGAUAUUUAUUUAUCCUUCUGUAAUAUGAAUUAUACAUAUACCCCUAUUGAGAGGUGAAAAAAAGAUAGCAAUAGCAGCAACAAAAAAAACCAUCAUUCAGGAAGAAUAAUAAAUAAUUGAAUAUCAAAAUGAUACUCAAAUUGAGCAAAUGGUAA